UAAAAGAUUGGCCAAAUCGCUAAACGAAUUAGGUCUGGAUGAGCAUGCCGAGUUAUUGAUGGUCGACCGUCGACAGUUGUUCAUUAACCCCCAUCCUAAAUUCUUCUUUGGAGAUGUAAGGAAACGAAAAUGUUGCAUGAAUUAUCUGUACGGUGAACGUCCAUGCUAGGACCCCUCGGAAUUCAAGAGAAAAGUGCACGGCAAAGCAUCAGAGACGUCUGACCCCACGAAGGAAUAAUAAUUAAUGAAGCUUACGAACGUUUUCAUUCCGUUACGCAAGGAAACGCGUGAUGAAACGAAUCACUUACGAACGAUAAGUAUUAUCCAAUCUUUGGAUUCCAACAGAGACAUCGUAACAGGAAGUUGAGCUGGUGCUUGGUGGUGGCGCUGUAGUACCAGGAUGGCGCUGUUCCGAACUUCCAGAGAUCAGAUCAGUGCGGGUUGAAGGUUCCUUGGUACUGGUCCUCUUAGUGAACUGGUGAAUCCGAGGGAGUGUUGGCUCAAGAUUUUAUUUGGAGAAACACUUUAUCGUCAUGGAGGAAGUGCUCGUAAACCGAGCAAAUACCGACGUCAACACGACCAUCGUCGGUGUGCGCCGUCGAGUGUACUGCUUUGGCAUAGUGUGCAUGUUCGUGGCCUUGGGACAGAUCGCACUCUACACAAUCAUGUUGACGCUCUCAAUCUCCGAGGACUACAACGAUUACCAAGUGGCUUUUGGCAGCGCGUGGAUGAUUCUGAUAACCGCCGUCUACUUGGGGCUCACCGGUAGAGUGCUUUUUCUUCUCUUCGAGAGACGAUACGAAGAAGCAAAAGGCCCAGAGUGGCUCUGGUGGUUGGCGUCGAUGGUGGUCGUCAUGUUUAACAUUAUGUUGAUCGUGUGGUUCUCGCUGGUGAGUGACGUCAUCCCGGCUACAAUCUGCGGCGUUGCGACCUUCCUGUACAUCCUCUUCUUCAAGUUUGCUUCCAAAGACAUCAAACGCAUCGGCGAUAACGAUCCCAGGGCCAGAACUAGGAAAAAUCAACCACCCUCCAGGGAAAGCAGUAGGCCUAGCUCUCGUAUCAGUGCGCGCAGUGAAGCUUCAACUAGAACUAGUGAGCCUAUAGUUCCCAAAUAGGCCGAUGCUACUGAAUAUUGCAUGUGACAUUGCAGUUGUCACAAAACAUUUUUUUAGAGAUCUUGUUAACGCCAUUGCGUCUAAUUUUACCUGUGCAUUGCUAACAUUGAAGACUAAAACGCAUUUGUGUUGAUCAGCACGAAGUUAUUUCACAGACGAUGAGUAUUUUACGAUGGAAGUGUUGCCCUGAAAUGGAAAUGUUUUACCUUCAGAGGAUUUUAUGUUCAUGUGUAUGUAUUGUUGAAAUAGUACUAUGUAGCAACCUUUUCUUACGAGUAUUGUCUAUGUUUGAAAUAAAGCGUUUUUUUCGA